AUGCCCGGUUCAGUUUCGCCUGGAGCAUUUAUAGGCGACAAACGCGACUGGCUCAAAGUUAACGGAGAUGUGAAUCAUGAGGAAGACUGCGAUCAGAGUGACUACGAUGUUGAUGACGUAAGUUUUGGAUUACCAUUGAAGAGUCGACAUUUGGAAGGCAAUUUCGACGACAUAUUACACAUAAGCGAUGCGAAGAAGGUUCGUUUUGUGGAGGGCAAGAGUGCCAUGACUGUGGAGCAGUUGCUGGAGAAUACCAGCAAUUUGAACUUAUUUGUGGAGAAGAACAUGGAAAGGAUAAAUGGGCUUCGAUCAGGCCUUGAUGUGCAGGAGUGGUACCGUAGUUCAACUCCGGACACGCCUACAGGCACAAAUAUCAGCGCGAAAGCUACUGCUUCUGCGUCUGCUGGGUCGACAUCAAACUUUCAGCUUAGCGAAGCUGGUGACAGGGAUUCCUCUACCAUUGGGGGAAUAGACUCCGACCAGGAUUCUAACCAAGAGUCCAAUAUGCUUGAUAGCAGGCUAUCAAACUUACUAGCUAGCACUUCUGCAGCAGACUAUAGUCUUCAGAAGAUGGAUUCAAGCACUUACAAUGAAUCGGCCUCGAAUUCCCACCCAAAUUUGGAUCGAACAGAUGACCAAAGAGAUAACACACUUCUAAUACACUCCCUCCUCCGUACAAACUCGGAGGAGACUGGUCUUUCGGGGUUGCAUAUGACUUCUAAGGAGGCUUCACACGUGUUUAUCGACAUAUUGCAACUCGCGCUUCGACUUUCGCUGCAAAAAGAGCAAAACGAACAUAAUAAUAGUGAUAUUGAAAAUAAUAACGACGAUGAUAACACUACUAUUAAUAAUAAUAAUAAUAAUAAUAAUAAUAGUAAUAAUAAUAAUAAUAAUAAUAAUAAUAAUGAUGAUGAUGACAAUGACGAUAAUAAUAAUAUCGAUAACAAUAUAAUAAAGGAUACCAGCAUUACCACCGAUAACAAAGAAGAUACCGAUAUAACUCACAUCACUCAAAACGCUGAACACCCUAGCGAUGAAUCUCUGGAUUCUGGGCUCUCUCCUAAGCUAGAAUCAAUAUUCCAGAUGAAAUCAACGCCAACCCUCUCAGCAUCAGACUACAUUGACAGGAUAGAAUCAAAAUGUUCGUUUGCACCGGUUAUUUACCUCACUGCAUCAUUCCUAUUAAUUACUUACUGUAAUUUACAAUUUGAUGAUCAGAACGGUUUCCAUAUCGAACAGGGAAUCACAGAAUCAAUGAUGCACCGUCUAACGAUAGCAUGUAUACGUGUCGCUGCAAAAUUACUAGAGGAUACAGUACAUUCUCAUCAUUACUUCAGCAAAGUAUGCGGUGUUUCAAAGAAACUGCUUUCAAAAUUGGAAUUACAACUUCUGUUGUCACUACAGAGUAAACCAGGCGGACUUAUUGUUACAGAACAAUCCAUUCAAACCGUCAUGAAUAUUCACAGUCACAUAGAAAAGAACUGCUGA